AUGGCCGCUUCCACCGCUGCCGCUGUACUCUACACUGCUGCGAUUUCUACCCCAACGCAGGUUCUAGCACCCGAGGACGUGGAGGGAAAGGCACAUCACGCGAAGGGUGGAGGUUUUCAGAAUCCAUGGGACUCCUGGCAUUUAAUACCGGCCUGGGCAAUACUCAGCAAACUUAUUGCGCGGCGUUUUAAGGGCGAGGCCAAUAUUCCAGAUACAACCCCUCCUACUGUACCUGUGCGUUCACCAAAAUUCCUACCGACGAGGGCUACUGGAAAGUUACGGGCCACAUGGCUGGGCCAUGCCUGCUACUACGUGGAAUUUCCCGGUGGCCUGAGGGUCCUUUUCGAUCCCGUAUUCGAAGAUAGAUGCUCUCCGUUUAGCUGGCUUGGCCCGAAGCGAUACACCGAGAUGCCUUGCACGGUAGAGGAUAUACCUUUUAUAGACGCCGUUGUGAUUUCGCACAAUCACUAUGAUCACCUUUCAUACCCUACUAUCAAACAGAUUCAUAAAAGGCACCCGAAUUGCCAAUUUUUUGCACCUCUUGGAAACAAGCAAUGGUUCACUGCGAGCGGAAUCCACAAUGUAACUGAGUUGGAUUGGUGGGAAGAGCGGGAAUUCGUCCUAUCACCAUCAGGAGACGUAAUCAAGGCAAUCGCGGCUGAAAACUCUCUGGAUAACCCCCCCAACAUUUCUGCACGUAUUGGGUGUCUCCCGUGCCAGCACAUCAGUGCUCGCACUCUCUGGGAUCGGUCUAAUACUCUUUGGGCUUCGUGGAGUGUUGAGUCAGGCCAGUCGAAGGUGUACUUUGCGGGGGAUACUGGCUAUCGAUCGGUUCCUGAUCUACCAAAUGGUGUCGACGACUAUGGCCCGGAUCAUGACUACCCACACUGUCCCGCAUUCGCCCAAGUUGGCCAAUACCGCGGCCCUUUCACACUUGGGCUUAUUCCUAUUGGCGCAUACGAUCCUAGAUACAUCAUGAGCCCCAUGCAUGCAAACCCACAUGACGCGGUCAACAUAUUUCAAGAUACAAGGUGCGAAAGGGCGCUUGGAAUGCACUGGGGGACCUGGGUCUUGACCGAGGAAGAUGUAAUGGAACCACCAAAAAAACUGAAGGAAGCAUUAGUGAAGAAUAAUCUUGCGGGCGUUGGAGUUUUUGAUGUUUGUGAUAUUGGCGAGAGCCGUGAAUUCUAA